GCCGCCGCCGCCGCCGCCGCCCCGGCCGCCCCCCCCAACGCCCCGGGGCCGGGCGCGGGCCCCGCUCCGCCGCAGGGGCCGCCGCUCCCUGCGCAGGCCGCGGCGCAGGCGCAGGACGUGGACCCGGGGCAGCGGCUGCGGGUGCUGCUGCCGCAGCUCAAGGAGAGCCUCGCGACCCUGAUGAAGGUGGCGGCGCAGAACCUGGUGCAGAACUCCAGCAUCGACAAUGGGCAGAAGAGCGCCGAGGGGCCGCUGCAGCGCUUUGACAAGAGCCUGGAGGAGUUCUAUGCCCUGUGCGACCAACUGGAGCUGUGCCUGCGCCUGGCCCACGAGUGCCUCUCGCAGAGCUUCGACAGCGCCAAGCACGCACCGGGGCUGGUGCCAGCAGCACCCAAGGGGGAGGGGGGCCCCGGGGAGCCGCUGCCCUACACCCAGUACCUGCCCCUCAUCAAGGCCCAGAUUGCGGGUGCCAAGGACAUCCACAACGCACUGCUGGAGGGGGCCAACAAGAUCACUGGGAAGCUGCCCCCCCCAGGGGGGCCCUGAGCGAUGGGGGUGGAUCCCCAC